GCUGGGAGGGCGGGGCCCUGAGAGAAGCCAUGAAGCAGGGCUAUGAAGAGCAAGGCCUUGAGCUUCAGCCCCGAGAGGUGGGGCCAGAAAGGGAAGGGCGGCUCCUAGAGACCAUGAAAGAGAGCCUGGGUUGGGCGGAGGGGAAGCGGUGAAGUACCGCUCUGCGGCGCAUGCGCGCAGUCUCCGGAAGGCCUGUAGCCCGCUUACGGGGCCUGAAAAGGCUCAGCCAUGGCGGCCACAGCCGAGGGCGUCCCUGCAGCCCAACGGGAGGGUCUAGGACGAGACGAUGCCGUGGUGGAGACAGCGGAGGAGGCCACGGAGCCCGCCGAGGCGGACAUCACGGGGCUGUGCCAGGACAUGUUCUCCAAAAUGGCCACGUACCUGACGGGCGAGCUCACAGCUACCAGUGAAGACUAUAAACUUCUGGAAAAUAUGAACAAACUGACUAGCUUGAAGUAUCUAGAAAUGAAAGAUAUUGCAGUAAACAUAAGUAGAAACCUAAAGGACUUAAACCAGAAAUAUGCAGCACUUCAGCCUUAUCUGGAUCAGAUCACUCUAAUUGAGGAGCAAGUAGCAGCUCUUGAGCAGGCAGCUUACAAAUUGGAUGCAUAUUCAAAGAAACUAGAAGCAAAGUACAAGAAGUUAGAGAGGCGAUGAAAGAAUUCUUUAGCUCAGACUUUUAACUACAAGAAUAUUUUAUAAGAGCUGAAAUAAGUGGGAUGGAACUUAUCACUAUGCUUCAAUUCCUAAAAAGCCGUGCUGCUGAUCCAAGGAGAAUCCCAGCCCCCACCUCUGGUUGGAUGUGUAAUUCUGGCCACCCCCACCCCCGCCGUGGUUUCCUAAACCUGUACCCCCCCAACCUCAUCUUAAUCGCGUGCUUCGUUGUGUGCCCUGGACCAAGGCUCAAAAAUCAGGAUCAACCCCGUCUAGAGCAGACACAGAGGAGAGACUCUGGUCUCCCUGUCUCUUCCCUCCCUCUCCUCUAGGCCCUCCCACACCCACCCCUUUCACAACCUGUUUUUGAACUUAAAUAAUAAAUGCCAACAUAUGACCCUG